AUACCAGGCCCACUUCCCUAGCGGGAAGUGCGGCCUGGGAUCGAGGCUAGCAGAAAACAAGAAAAACUAGAACCAACUCUCAACAAUCUCUCAAGAACUCUCAAUAAUCAGAAAUGGCGGACAAACCAACUACAGCUGGACCCUGCAAGUGCAGCAACUGUAACUGUGGCCCUGACUGCCAGUGUGGAGACAAGUGUGACGGAAAUUGCUGUCCUUGUGUGUGUAAGGGGUGUGCUGGUGCAGACUGCAAGUGUGGACCCAACUGUAAAUGCCCCAAGAAAGGCAUCGAUUGCUGUGUAGCUGGACCUUGCAAACGUACUGACUGCAAGUGCCCUGACUGCCAGUGUGGAGACAAGUGUGAUGGAAAUUGCUGCCCUUGUGUGUGUAAGGGAUGUGCUGGUGCCGACUGCAAGUGUGGACCCAACUGCAAAUGCCCCAAGAAAGGCAUCGAUUGCUGUGUAGCUGGACCUUGCAAAUGCAGCAACUGUAACUGUGGCCCUGACUGUCAGUGUGGUGACAAGUGUACUGGUGGAGAGAGUGGCUGUUGCCUCUGUGUGUGUAAGGGAUGUGCUGGUGCCGACUGCAAGUGUGGACCCAACUGCAAAUGCCCCAAGAAAGGCAUCGAUUGCUGUGUAGCUGGACCUUGCAAAUGCGCUGACUGCAAGUGCCCUGACUGCCAGUGUGGAGACAAGUGUGAUGGAAAUUGCUGUCCUUGUGUGUGUAAGGGGUGUGCUGGUGCAGACUGCAAGUGUGGACCCAACUGCAAAUGCCCCAAGAAAGGCAUCGAUUGCUGUGUAGCUGGACCUUGCAAAUGCAGCAACUGUAACUGUGGCCCUGACUGUCAGUGUGGUGACAAGUGUACUGGUGGAGAGAGUGGCUGUUGCCUCUGUGUGUGUAAGGGAUGUGCUGGUGCAGACUGCAAGUGUGGACCCAACUGCAAAUGCCCCAAGAAAGGCAUCGAUUGCUGUGUAGCUGGACCUUGCAAAUGCGCUGACUGCAAGUGUGGCCCUGACUGUCAGUGUGGUGACAAGUGUACUGGUGGAGAGAGUGGCUGUUGCCUCUGUGUGUGUAAGGGAUGUGCUGGUGCCGACUGCAAGUGUGGACCCAACUGCAAAUGCCCCAAGAAAGGCAUCGAUUGCUGCGUCCCAAAGUGAACUCAACUAUAACCAGACUAUAACUUUAGAGUAUAGUGAUCACUAUUUAGAAUAUAGUUUGCUGUAUUUCACUCGUUCAAACUUUCAAUCAUCAUGAUAAUUAUAACAGACAAAA